UUAUCCCUACCCUUUGAAUCUAAGAUUUAGCAAAGGGUUUUUGGAGCCGAAAGAAAGAAGAAAACAGUGAUAGAGGUGGCUGAAAAACAAAAUGGACUUUGACAAGAGGAAGGCAUCAACGUUAGCUUCACUGAGCUCCAAUGAAGCAGAUAAAUCACCCAAAGGCUCUUUAGACACGCCCAUCAUUCCUCUCAUCAACGCCCUCAACAACCACCUUUCUUACUUCACCACCAGUUCCUGCUCUGGCCGUAUCUCUAUCCUUUCCCAACCAAAACCCAAUCCCAGCUCCAAUAAUCCUACCAAAAAGAAAGCCCGAGGAGGCACCUGGCUCUUCAUCACCCACGACACGGCUGAUUCCGACUCGGUCAUCUCCAUACUCUUCUCUGACUCGACUAAGUUGAUUCAAGACAGUGAGUUGGUCUUUCGAUUCGAGCCUCUCAUCAUCGCCGUUGAGUGUAGAGACUUAAGUUCAGCUCAGAGUUUGGUUUCUUUGGCGAUUGCUUGUGGGUUCAGAGAGUCUGGGAUUACAAGCGUCAGCAAGAGAUUGAUAGUGGGGAUACGGUGUUCGAUACGGUUGGAGGUGCCUUUGGGGGAUACCCAGAAGAUUAUGGUGUCUGAAGAUUACUUGAAGUUUCUUGUUGGGGUUGCUAAUGAGAAAAUGGAAGCUAAUUGGAAGAGAACUGAAGGGUUUCUUAGAGCAUUUCGAAAAAGUCAGGAUGGAACAUUGGAAAACGCGACUGGUUCAAAGUGUAGUGUGAGUGGUGGUGAUUGUAAUGAAGGUCAAGAUGGUUUGGAGAGAAGUUUUGUAGAUGCUCAAAACAUCGUUCCUAGCGAAAAAGCAAGUUUUUCUCGUGAAUCAUUGGUGGAAACUGAAGGAAUUCCCGGCUGCAGUUUAUCUAUUAGUCAGAUGGUAAUUGCUGGUGAACCUAUAGAGAGACUGUUCCUUUGGGGCCAUUCUACUUGUACCUUAGAAAGCACAAACAAAGCUGAAGUUCUUAUAUUUGGUGGCUUUGGGGGCAGUGGAAGACAUGCGAGAAGACAUGACUCUUUUCUCCUUGAUCCAUUGCAUGGGACAUUGAGAGAAAUCAAUGUGGCGGGCCGUCCAUCACCUCGCCUGGGUCACACUGCUUCUUUAAUCGGAGAUUGCAUGUAUGUUAUUGGAGGCAGGGCUGAUCCUACGAACAUUCUGAGCGAGGUAUGGAUUCUCAAUACGUUAAAGAAUGAAUGGAAGCUACUAGAUUGUAUUGGCAGCGCUUUUCCUCCAAGGCAUCGGCAUGCGGCCGCUGCAGUAGGAUCAAAGAUUUAUGUCUUUGGUGGCCUUAAUAACGAUGCAAUCUCUUCAUCAUUGCAUGUUCUUGACACCAAUACACUGCAAUGGGAAGAACUAAUUGCCCACGGUGAACAGCCAUGUGCUCGUCAUUCUCACUCAAUGGUGGCAUAUGGAUCUAAGUUAUUCAUGUUUGGAGGGUACUAUGGAGAGGCUCUUGGGGACUUGUACAGUUUUGAUACUCUAACAUGUUCAUGGAAAGUAGAAAAGGUAGGAGGAAGAAGCCCAUAUGCUAGGUUCUCCCACUCCAUGUUUGUCUACAAGUAUUUUAUUGGAAUAAUAGGAGGUUGUCCUGUUACACAACAUUGUCAAGAGUUGACAUUACUAGAUAUGCGAAGCCUAGUCUGGAAGCAUGUGACCCUCAGUUCAAUGGAUAAAGCACUGUUUGUGCGUUCCACAGCCAAUGUUGUUCGUGAUGAUCUUAUUAUGGUUGGUGGUGGAGCAGCUUGUUAUGCUUUUGGAACCAAGUUUAGUGAGCCUAUGAAAAUCAACUUGUUUCCUUUGUUAUCUCUAGAUGAUCAUGACAGUUCUCGAAAGCUCGGUGAAAAUGAAGUUAUUAAGGAAGAGGAAGGUAUGAUGGAAAAUGGGAAUGUUCUUUUACUAGCUCCACAUGUUGGAACUGGUUCACCUCAACAUCCUGAAAUGCAAAGCUUAAAUGUUGAGAACCAGACAGGACAGAUAGAUGCUUCGAGUUGGGUUGUAAAACUUGAAAAAAAACAUGCAAAAUUAGGAAAGGACAUAUUGAAGAAGUUUGGAUGGUUAGAUCUAGAGAGAAAAGUUUAUGCACAAGAGGAUGGUUUGUUCAUCUCUUUCCCUGUGACCGAGAAGUUUUGUGCUAUCUUCUCAGAAGACAGAUUUGAAGUUUUGAGUGAUCAUCAUCCAUCUAAACCAUUUAGAGCUGAAAGUUUACUCUUAAAUGACAUGUCCUCCUCAGUAGCUCUGGACAUUCUUAAGGAAUAUGGUGCUACUAAGCUUCCAGAUGAGCUUGUUCAAAAAAGAAAAGCUUGUAAAUCUCCCUUAAAAAUAAUGACUGAAGCUGUUGCCUCUUUGAUUAGGCAAAAGGGGUUAUCAGAUAAACUUCUGGAGCAGCUACCAAACAGGUGGGAACGGAUUGGUGAUAUUGUUGUGCUACCGAUUUCAUCCUUCAGGGACCCAAUAUGGAAUUCAAUUGGAGAGGAGCUUUGGCCCAUUAUUGCCGAAUCCCUUAAUACUUGUCGCCUUGCACGGCAGGGCCGGGUCGCUGCAAAUGGUACAAGGGACAGUACUUUGGAGAUUCUUGUAGGAGAUAAUGGCUGGGUUGAUCAUCGUGAAAAUGGGAUUCUAUAUUCUUUUGAUGCUACCAAGUGCAUGUUCUCUUGGGGCAAUCUUUCUGAGAAAAUCCGUAUGGCCAGUUCAGAUUGUACAGAUGCAGUCAUCGUGGAUCUGUUUGCUGGAAUUGGAUAUUUUCUAUUGCCCUUCCUUGUUAGGGCGAAAGCAAAGUUAGUCUAUGCUUGUGAAUGGAAUCCUCAUGCCAUUGAGGCUCUUAAACGUAAUCUUGAAGCCAAUUCUGUCUCUGAUCGUUGUAUCGUACUUGAAGGGGAUAAUCAGAUUACAGCACCCAAGGGAGUGGCAGAUCGAGUUUGUCUUGGUCUUCUUCCAUCAAGUGAGGGUAGCUGGCUUACUGCUGUGAGGGCAUUAAGGAGUAAUGGUGGGAUAUUGCAUGUCCACGGUAAUGUGAAGGACACCGAGGUGGAAUUGUGGGCUAACCAUGUUUCAAAAUCGAUAUCUGAAAUUGCAAGAUCCGAGGGCCAUCGUUGGGAAGUUACAAUCGAUCAUGUGGAGAAAGUGAAAUGGUAUGCCCCACACAUCCGCCAUCUUGUUGCUGAUGUUAAAUGCAGACGGAUCUAGGAUGAAAUUGUUUCACGACGGUUAGUGUCUGCAUCUCUUGGGAAAUAAUUCGAGGUGGCAAACAUGCGAGUUCGGAUCCAUACGGGUGGGUUAUAUGGUAACCCAUUUAUCCAUUAAUGCCCUAUUUAAGUUGUCUGUGACUGCCCAACCUGCUCAUUACUCUUUUAUUCACCCAAAACCCGAAUAACUCUUUGAUGAGAGGAAGCUUGUGACCCAUAGAACUCAGCCCAUCGUACAGCAAUUUAGUGAAAUUAAAAGAUCUUCUACAUACUUCUUUUAAAUUCAUAUAAAAAGACUCCGUUAGUCCA